AUACUACAUAUCACUUGGAUUUCAAUGUGUUUUGACUAAUAAUAGACCAACAGUGAUCAUUAUUAAUUAUUGAAUUCAUGAAUAGAAAACAAAAGGGAGUGAUAAUGGAACUAUUUGACCUUCAGUCAAGUUCCUCGGAAGUUCUUGGCCAAAGUAUGAAGAAGAAGCCAUAAGGCGCCAUAUUGAACAGCAGUAGUCCGUUGCGUGGGUUUGUGUUUAUUUUACACACAAGCGGGCUUGCAGCAUGAUUUCAUGUUCAAUUUGACAACAAUAGAAAUCUUAAAAGGAUACAGAAUACUAUGUAGUAUUAUGUAUCAUAAUUACGAAUUAAAUAAGUAAUGAUAAUAAAAACGUCAAAACGUACCAUUUAAAAAAUAAUUAAAAAAAUAAUUAUGUAUUUAUUUGAUAAAUUCUGUAUUAUAUUUAUUGGUAUUAAUAAGGAAAGACGUGAAAAUGCUAUUAAGCCCCUCUAGUAACACCUUGACCUUAAUGUCCUCCCAGACUUGCAGCAGGUGUCCAAUAGAGGGCGCCUCUUCUCCUGCAUCCACACACACACACACAGUCAGCAGGAACAGAAGUUUGAAGUGUUUUGACGCAGGCGCAGAUCAGGCUGUUUGUCCAGUUUCGCUGGUUGACUUUUACCUUUCAGCUCGGAACCGACUUUCACAUUCUCAUGCGGGGCUUUUAAAGCUUAUCGACCCGCUGGCAGGGGUUCCAGUACCGGUCCAGAUGCCGUGUAAGACUUUCCUCCACCCUCCCCGGAGCGGGUGACUCAGGGGUCCCCACUGCGGAGCGUCCAAGGCGGGAUCGUAGUGUCGGUGCGGCAGGCAGGCAGGCGGGCACUCAGGCAGGCAGGCAGGCGAGCAGGUGCACCCGGCCGGGAGAAGGAGGAGGAGGAGGGCGGCCCACGGAGAGCAAAUCAACUGGUUGGCUUCCUCUGUUAGCAUGCUGGUCGAGUCCCAGCGUCCAGCCUGAACCGCCACAAGUCUUCGCCCGCCGACCGACUCACUCCUUGCUCCGGGGAAGCAGGCAGGACGCCUCCCCCUCCCUUCCAGCUUCCAGCGAAAGGAAAAAAUGAUGGGCUUUUUGCGCCGGACGUUCAGCCGCCGCUCAAGAAGCCGCUUUCAGGCGAGAGAGAGGGACGAGCGGGACGGUAAAGGAGGCGGAGGGGCGGCCGGUGGGAACCCUCUGCUCAUGGCGCACCAGCAGCAGGUAGUCCACGCACCGGCUGUGGUCACCGGGGGAGCGGCGGUUCAUAUCCCGGCGGGUGGGACGGCGAAGACGACUAUCACCUGCCGGGUGUUGCUGCUGGACGGCUCGGAUGUCAGCGUGGAUUUGCCUAGCAAAUGCAAAGGCCAGGACCUUUUUGACCAAAUCAUGUAUCACAUAGAUCUGGUGGAGGCGGACUACUUUGGCCUACAAUACAUGGACUCUGACCAAGUUUCGCACUGGCUGGAUAUGUCCAAGCAAAUCAAGAAAGAGAUCAAAGAUGGUCCACCAUUCCGACUGUUCUUCAGAGUGAAAUUUUACUCCUCGGAGCCAAAUAACCUGCGUGAGGAAUUCACAAGGUAUCUGUUUGUGCUGCAGCUUCGACAAGACAUCCUGUCUGGCAAACUGAAAUGUCCAUACGAUGUCUCAGUAGAGCUGGCUGCGUACUGUUUGCAAAGCGAGCUGGGCGACUGCGAUCCCUUGGACCACUCCCCCGAGCUGGUGUCGGAAUUCCGCUUCACUCCGAAACAAAGUGAAGCCAUGGAGGCGGACAUCUUCAGCAGGUGGCUGGACCUCAGGGGGAAGAGUCCCUCCCAAGCCGAGAUCUCCUUCCUCAACAAAUGCAAGUGGCUGGAGCUUUAUGGAGUAGACAUGCACUUUGUUAAGGGCAGAGACGGAGGUGAUUACGCACUUGGUCUCACUCCCACGGGCAUCCUGGUGUUUGAGGGCGCCAACAAAAUCGGCCUCUUCUUUUGGCCCAAAAUCACACGUCUGGAUUUCAAAAAGAGCCGACUCACUUUGGUGGUGGUGGAGGACGACGACCAGGGCCGCGAGCAGGAGCACACCUUCGUGUUCCAGCUGGCCAGCGCCAAGAGCUGCAAACACGUGUGGAAGUGCGCCGUGGAGAGCCACGCCUUCUUCCGGCUACGGCAGCCAACCACGGGCAAGACGGGCCGCAGCGACUUCACGCGACUGGGCUCCCGCUUCAGAUUCAGUGGUAAAACGGAGUACCAGGCCACUCACAGCAGCCGACUGAGGCGAGCCAGCACGUUCGAGAGAAGGCCGAGCAAACGCUACCCCUCCCGCACGCAGUCGCUGGGCAAAGUUGCUGCCAUCUCCCCAGUGAAGCCGGCUCACAUCAGCCCUGAUCCCAGCCUGCACGCAUACCAGCACAACAUCCCGAUGGCGGGUCACGAGGCGUGGCACCCGGCGGCCCACACGGCGGCCCACACCUCCUUCACGCCCUCCAUUUACCUGCAUCCCUCCGGGCACACGGCGCCGCACAGCUUCCCUCUGAGCGGUCCCGCCUCGGACCAUCAGCUAAACACGGAACAGAACGAGACGUCAUAUUCCGCCAAGGUCCAUCGCCGCCAUCGCCGCCACACACACAGCCAGGACACGCUUUGCCACACGCACAAUAAAAUCAAAUGUCGAGCGUCGCCCUGCCCGGGAAAAGACUUGGAGAUGUCUCCGUCUCUCCGAAAGGCCGUGGAGUCAGACAGCGAGUGUCCUCCGUGGCCUUCACUGCUCCUCAACAUGGACACCAGGCGAGAAGAGAAGCAGCUGUCGGAAAAGUCUCUCCAUCCUCCCUCCGCCGCCUCCCCCUCUCCGGCUCUGCAUCCUGACCACCUUAAGUGUAACAUUUUCAAAGCUCAGAUGGAGGCUGCUUUCAGGAAGGAAGGUUCAUCGAGUCCACGAGGGAAGAACUCCAACACUCCUCUCAAGGACAGGUAUCACAACUCCUCCCAAGACUCGCUGGCGUCCAUCUUGCCUGCAGACCAAGCGUCCCUCAGACCAGACGUGGCAUCCAGCGCCAGCACCAACCGCAGGAAACGUCUCGUCAGACAGUUCAGCUUUAACCACGAAGAUGAAGACAAUCUCCCUGAAGCGCUGGCGGCCAUUUCCUGUGAGAGCACGGCCAAGUCGGGCUCCAGCAGCUCCCUGGACAAACAAGUCCAGCCGUCCAUUUACCCGCAGGUGGACAAUGUGCCAACAUUGACGGGGGGUGGUCCGUGCUGUGUCUCUCCUUUGCCUUCCCCCCACUGCUCCCCUUCUUGCUACUGUAGCCCCCUCCCGCACCUGGUCCCUUACCUUGCCGCCCACCACGACAGUAGCGGCGAGGAAAUGUGCGUGGACAGAGAGAAGAUACUACGAGCCCUCCUCAUGACCGAGCUCUGAGACCACGACCUCCGACCCCAAAGGCUUUGGCCGCAGUCAACAUUUGUGAAUAUUUAUUUAAUAUUUGCAUAUAAUAUUUGCUUAAGUGUUCCUUUCUAUUCAUCCAAUGGAAAGUAUAGAUACGGCAGGGGUGGAGCCCAGGGCUUAUUAUGACCAUAAAUAUGGUUAUUAACGAGCUACACGAUAUCAUUAGAUGAUAUUAGUAGAUGGUUUGAUUGACAUUAUCGACCAACAUGGGAUGGAGUUUAACGUCUGUUAUGUUAGUUUAGUUUAGUAUUCAUUAAAGGCUUGGACACCCCUGUUGGUGCAUGCAUGAUAUUAGGCAGUAUCCUGUACUUUAUAGUGUACAUAUACACUAUAUGUAUAUACAGUACUGUAUGUAUAUACGGUAUAUUAUUUUGAACGACUUGAAUGUAUUUGACGUGAAACAUCUUUUACCAGAGAGCUUGUCCCUCCUCACGCAGUGACGGAGGUUCAGUUGCACCGCAUGGACAAAAGUCAUGGGACACCUGACCGUGACAGGAAGUAGUCGGUAUUGAACAGCAGGAUGCAGGUUUUGUUGUGUUUAUUUAUUUAUAUGUCUAUUUCUACUUCAUGCCUUCAUGACACAUUGCUUUACAAGGAAAUGUAUUUCUAGCUUUUCUUGUACACAAGAUGAAUACUUGCAAUCCAAAGGAAUUCGAGAGGCGUUUUACACCGUUGACUAAGACGCACUUUGGGUCACAGCCUCUCUCUCGCUCUCUUUCUCUUUCUCUCUCUCCAUUUUUUUUUUCUUGUAUCAUUUCAUGCAGGCUGUUUUAAGGGUUUCAAAGACGCUCAUUCACUUCACUGUCGUGUUUCUUUGUUCUUUUUCAGGAAGUUCAGCACAUUUUUAAUGAGGAAAUUAUAUUCUGCCCAUAAAGAUAAUCAUCAAAGGCAAUCCAGCAUUUUGGGGAGCUUACUUGUGGCUCCAAAUUGAACCGAGGGCCUCGUUACAACCAUGUGACUUCAACCAGCCAAUCAGAGAAGACAGGUGAGAUUCCUAAAUCCAAUUUUAUAGUUUUUUUUAUUGUGGAUUAUAAAUGAACUGGAAUUAAUAUUUCAUAUUAUUCAUAUAUGAUGGUUGAAACAUAUUUUACUAUAUGUACGUAUAUUAUUAUGUUAUAUUACAUAAUCAUAAUAGGUAAUAUAAUAUUGAAUUGAUAUAUAUUUUAUUUUACAAUGACUUUACAACAAGGUACACAAUUUGAUAGUAAUUAAUGAGGAACUACCUAACAUCACUGCUCAUUAGUUCCUCAGUAACUACUCCAAAUAUGUGUCUUAGUUCCUCAGUAACUACUCAAAACAUGUGUCUCAGUUCCUCGGUAACUACUCAAAAUGUGUGUGCCUUAGUUCCCCAGUAACCACUCUACUCAUAGGUUCAUCAGUAACUACUCAAAAUGUAUGUGCCUUAGUUCGUCAGCCACUACUCUACUAAUCAGUUCCUCAGUAACCACUCUAAAUAUAUGUGUCUUAGUUCCCUGGUAACUACUCAAAAUGUGCGUGCCUUACUUCCUCAGUAGCUACUCUACUCAUUAGUUCCUCAGUAACCACUCUAAAUAUGUUUCGUAGUUCCUCAGUAACUACUCAUUAGUUCCUCAUUAGUUCUUGUUAGUUCAUCAGUAACUACUCUACUCAUUAGUUCCUCAGUAACUACUCUAAAUUCGUGGACCUUAGUUUCUCAGCCACUAUCCCACUCAUUAGUUCCUCACGAACUACUGAAAAUGCAUGCGCCUUAGUUCCAGAGUAACUACUCUACUCAUAAGUUCCUCAGUAACUACUCUAGAUUUCUGUACCAUAGUUUCUCAGGUACGUCUCCACUCCUUAGUGCAUCAGUUCCCCAGUAACUAUUCUAGAUUUCUGUACCUUUGUCCUUAGUUCCUCAAUAACUACUCUAGAUUUCUGUACCUUUGUCAUUAGCUUUUCUGUAUAACUACUGUAUUUUUGUGUACUUUAUGAGAAAAAGUCAUGAAUUGAAACUAAACUUUAUUAUGUUUUAGUUUUUAAAAGAACAUUCAAGUUAUUCAAACAACAAGUAAGGACUAGUCGCAGUAGUAAGAAUGGUAAAAAAUGAAGCUGUGUAAUAACAAAAUAAUAGAAAAAUAAUAAUAAUAACUGAGUCAUGUUGAUAAAAACCUGGUCUACGUUGUGAAGUGGAGUGUUUUUUUCCCUGACUUGAUGAAGCGUUCCAGUGGCGUGGAAGCGCCUGCGGUGAAUGUUUAAAAGGGAUCAAGUAGGGUGGGGUGGCCAAGAUUGAAUUACACAACGCCAAAUCUUCCCUGGGGGGGGUCUGACAUGUUUUUUUUUUUGUGUGUGUCUGCUUUCCUCCUUUCUUCUGUUCUCGCCAUUCUCCCUUUCUCCUCUCACAUAAUGUGUGUGUGUUUGUAAUCACUGUGGGCCGUGUGAGGGGGUUCCCACUUGAGCCUGCAGCCACCCGAGUGUUUACACACACACACACACACACACACACAUCGUUAAGUAUCUUAAUAGUUCUGCAAUUGUCAUAAUAGAUUUAUUGAGUUAGUUUUGAGCAGGGGUUUAUAGUCACAAAUCUACGAUAUUGAUUAUUACAGGAGGGACCACUUUGGCCUGCACGCGGCCUCAAUGUUGACAAACAAAGGUACACAAUUCUAACAUAAAGGACAUAUACAGUAUAUACUGUAUAUUCAGAAGUAUCGAUUAGCAGUGCAUUGGUAUUUGGCAUUAUGUAAACAUUUUUACUAUACUAACUUCUUCAUGCACUAAAGCGUCCAAUACAAUCAUGUACAGUAUGUGGAAAAAAAAACACACAUCAAACACGUUGGCCAUUCAAAUCAAUACAUAGAAGUACGAGGGCCACACUAAAAAGAUCAAAUAAUAAUACUACUGGAAUAAAGUUGAAAUAUUAUUAUGCGAUAUAUUUAUAAUAUAGAUAUAUUAUGAUGAGAAAUUUGUUGUAAUAAUUGGAAUAUUAAGAGCAAAAAGAUGUGGUGUCCGAAUAUUUUUGAGGGAAAAUACUUUAAUAGGCGACAUGAUCAAAUAUGACCUAUUAUGCUCAUUUCCUGCCCUUUGUAUUGACCUGUGGACUCCUAUAGAGCAGCUACACGCAAUAACCAAACAGAAAGGGUCUGUUUUAAUUUAUUCCACCCACAGCCCGCCUCUGGGCAUGCCCACUCCAAUGUGAUUGGUCCCACUCAGCUUGUACUUGGGCACGCCCACAUAAGGAAAAAGUUGUAAUUUAGUAUUUAGCAUAAUAUUAAGGGGGGAGAGAAUAGUAAGAAUAACGUUGUAAUAUUACAGAAAUUAAUUUAAAUUUCAAUAUAUAAAGUCAUAACAAAGCUAUAUUAAUACAAUAAUUAAAAAGUCAUAUUGGACCAAAAUUGUUAUAAUAUUACAAGAAAAAUUCUGCCAGAAUUUUACGAGGGGGCAAAAGAGAGCGAAUAAAGUUGUCAUAUUCAAGA